AUGCCCGGAUGGUCUGUCACCCGUGCUUUCGAGAGAGGGAAAGAUGCCCGGGCAACACUCAACGCAGCUGGUUCAAUCUUGGGCCAUCUGUGCCGACCCGCUAAUCUGCCUUCUGCCAACCCCACUCGUUCCUUCUGGACACAUUCGUCGUCCAAUGCCAAUCCCCUCGCACGCGAAGGAAGUUACGGCCCUCUGACAACCGAUGCUGAUAUCUGCAUCAUCGGUUCAGGAAUCACUGGUAUCAGUGUUGCGUACCAUCUUGCGGAGGCGGUCGGAAAUCAAACCAUCGAUUUGGACGUUCCACUGCGUGUGGUCAUACUGGAGGCAAGGGAUUUCUGCGGCGGCGCGACAGGGCGAAAUGGUGGUCACCUUACACCCCACACGUUCUACAGUUUCGCUGCGAGACAGGACAAGUUCGGUGCCGAUGAAGCUAUACGAUCGUCUGCUCUGGAAGAAUACACAGCGUCAUCACUUGUCAGCAUCAUCGAAAGAAACGGCUGGUCUGAAGAUGUAGACUUAGUCAACGGUGGCAAUGUCCGCCUUCUUUUCACAGAAGACGAAGAGAGGGAAACCAGGGCCGAUUUCGAGCGUGCCAAGCAUGCAGGCAUAAACCUGGACAACGUGCAAUGGCUGACUAGAGACGAAGUACAGAAUACUUACGGAACCCCCUAUUCUGCCGUUAAGCUACCAGGGCACAAUAUCUGGCCUCUUAAACUCGUCACAAUGUUGUACCAACACGCAAAACAACGCACUGGCGAACGUUUCGAUUUGAGGAUGCACACUCACACACCAGUAACCUCAAUAACGCGAUCGCAAAGUGAGGGCUCGAAUGCGAAUCUAAAGUACAUCCUUUCUACGUCGCGUGGGCCUAUUUCGUGCUUGCGCGUGGUGCAUGCAACGAACGCGUACACUUCCCAUUUGCUGCCAUCCCUCGCUGGUCCAGAUGGCAUCAUACCAACGCGCGGUCAGAUUAUUGCUACUAGGGCAUCCGUAGGGAAAGCCUUGAUUAGAACAAAUAGCUGGUCCGGAAAUCAGGGGUAUGAAUACUGGUUCCCCCGCCCGCUCGGACCUGGUGAAGAAAGGCCCUUGAUCGUCCUCGGAGGGGGACGUGAAGCCUCCGGUCCCCAAUUCGAGCUUUACGUAGAUGACGACUCGGGUACAAAUCCCGUCGUAGGUAACGAGUUGAGAGAUUUCCUUCCGACAGUUUUUCAAGGUAAGUUCGAGCACGGGACCGGACCAGAGAUGGAAUGGACUGGUAUCAUGGGAUACACGACCACAGGCAACCCAUUUGUUGGACCUGUGUUCGAUUUCUCCACCGGAGAGAGGGAAGACUACGAAAGGCAAUACAUUGCAGCUGGCUACACGGGGCACGGAAUGCCUCGUGCGUUUGCAUGCGCGGAAAUUGUCGUGCAAAUGAUAGUUGCAGAGUUGACAGGCACUCAAUGGAGUUGCCCUACAUGGUUUCCAGAACGGUAUUUGACACAUAACCGACUGAAACAUAAAAAUUAG